UUAUGAGGUCUAUAUAAGAUGCCUGGUGAUUCUCUCUUCAUGUAGACAGUUCUACUGUGGUUCUGCAGACGCGUUAACAGUUAUCUACAGCCUGUUUCACUGCUACUCAUGGGGUGCACAAUUCUUCCGUGUAUGGCUGCCCUGCUCUUUUUCAGUGGGGUGGUGACAGUACACGCUACAAUGACAACAGAAGAGCCAACAACAACAGCAAUAGCUACAACAACAAUUCCAACAACAGUAGAGACAACAGCAGAAGAGACAACAACAGAAGAGACAACAACAACAGCAAUAGCUACAACAACAAUUCCAACAACAGUAGAGACAACAGCAGAAGAGACAACAACAGAAGAGACAACAACAGAAGAGACAACAAUAACAACAACAACAAUGGCUACAACAACAGUGCCACCCACAACAGAAGAGACAACAACAGAAGAGACAACAACAGUAGAGACAACAGCAGAAGAGACAACAACAGAAGAGUCAACAACAGAAGAGACAACGACAGAAGAGACAACAACACCAGCACCCUGUCAGACCCUGAACUGCGCUUCAGAUGAAGUCUGUAGGCAGAUAAAUGGAGUCUAUGGCUGUGGAUGUGGAUACUUUACAACGCACAGCCCGAAUAUUUAUGACGCCAUUGAGACAUGUUCAGGAAGUGCUGCAUUACUUUCUCUGUCUCGCUGUGAGCUCUUUGAAGCUGGAUAUUCUGCUGAUGUUCUCCACCUUAACGACCCAAACUGCAAAGGGGAGCUCCAAAAUAACAGGCUGGUGUUCAGCUUUGACAGUAAUGUCAACAUGUGUGGCACAACUCUGGAGAAUAACAGCACGCACAUCGUUUUCAAGAACAGCGUUGGGACAACUGACUUGACGGGUGUGAUUAGUCGCACUGGUGGGCUCAACAUCACCUUUUCCUGUGUGUAUCCACUCAUCCAGAGCAUCUCCAUGCCCACGGCUAUCGAAGGCAUAGGAGGUGUAAUCAGCAAGCAUCUGUCUACUGAGGGCUCGUACCAGAUCAGCAUGAUCCCGUAUACCAGUGAUACAUUCCAGGUUCCACUCUUUGGCAAUGUGACCCUAGAAGUGAACCAUCAGAUGUAUAUAGCUGUGCAAGUGGAUCAGUUCGACAGCACUCAAAUCGGGCUUGUGCUGGACAGCUGCUGGGCCACGCCCGUCAACCAGAUCGACUAUUACAUCCGCUGGGACCUGAUCAGUAACGAGUGUCCGAACCCCAAUGACGGCACGGUGGCGGUGUUGCAGAAUGGUGUCUCCACGACCAGCUACUUCUCAUUCAGGAUGUUCACAUUCACCGGCUUCUCCAACAAGAUCUACCUGCACUGCCAGGUCCAUCUCUGUCUGCUGCAGACAGGCAACUGUGCACAGAUGUGCACUGAAAAUCCUUCCAGAAGACGCCGAGCUGUAGAUUUCUACGAUUCAGCUGCCAUUACCAUGGAAUUCUGAUUUGUUUGCUUGAAACUUACACUGCUAUCAAUUUUUUUAAAUCUUUGUUUUAUGUUUAAUCAUUAACUAUUGCUUUGCUUUAAUCAUAAAAGCAAAUUAUAUCAAAAUUCAGCUUUUUUUAAUUCAUAACAUCUUGUAAGUGAUUGUACUCAUCUGUGCUGGCUUAAUCAUCAUCAUUAGUCAUAAUAAAUCUUUCAAGCAUU